UACAGGUCUGGGUGGAUGCUGGCACGCAGAUAUUUUUCUCUUAUGCCAUCUGCUUGGGAUGCUUGACAGCCCUGGGGAGUUACAACAACUACAAUAACAACUGCUACAGGGACUGCAUUAUGCUCUGCUGCUUGAACAGUGGCACGAGCUUUGUUGCUGGUUUUGCCAUCUUUUCAGUCCUUGGUUUCAUGGCUUAUGAACAAGGGGUGCCCAUAGCAGAAGUUGCAGAAUCAGGGCCGGGACUUGCGUUCAUUGCCUACCCAAAAGCUGUCACCAUGAUGCCUCUUUCUCCGCUAUGGGCAGCUUUGUUUUUCAUGAUGCUGAUAUUCCUUGGAUUAGAUAGUCAGUUUGUGUGUGUUGAAAGCCUUGUGACAGCUGUGGUGGAUAUGUACCCAAAGAUUUUCCGAAGAGGAUACAGAAGGGAACUGUUGAUUCUUGCUCUUUCAGUUGUGUCAUACUUUGUUGGCCUAAUAAUGUUAACAGAGGGUGGAAUGUACGUUUUCCAGCUGUUUGACUCCUAUGCAGCCAGUGGAAUGUGUCUUCUUUUUGUGGCUAUAUUUGAAUGCAUCUGCAUAGGCUGGAUUUACGGCAGCAAUCGCUUUUAUGAUAACAUUGAGGAUAUGAUCGGGUACAGACCACUGUCAUUAAUUAAAUGGUGUUGGAUGGUCCUAACUCCUGGUAUUUGUGCUGGAAUCUUCAUCUUUUUCCUGGUGAAAUAUAAGCCUUUGAAAUACAACAAUGUUUAUACGUACCCAGACUGGGGCUAUGGGAUAGGCUGGAUGAUGGCCCUCUCAUCCAUGGUUUGUAUUCCUUUGUGGAUCUGCAUUAAGUUGUGGAAGACGGAGGGAACCAUUCUAGAGAAAUUCAGGAAGCUGGUCAUACCUAGCCCAGAUCUGAAGAUGAGAGGGAAGCUUGGAGCAGGGGCAUAUGCUGCUACAGUAAAUGAUUGUGAUGCCAAACUGAAAGGUGAUGGCAACAUUUCAGCCAUCACAGAAAAGGAGACACAUUUCUGAAAGAACUAUCUUUUUUUGUGUGUUACUUUUUGUAUAAAUAAAUA